GUCAAUACGUGAGAGCAUAUAAGCAAGCGAAAAGGCGUGAUGACGACAUUGCUAUUGUUAAUUCUGGACUAUCGGUCACGUUGGACGACGAAAAAACUGUUCGAGAAGCUUCGUUUUCUUUUGGUGGGAUGAGCGGGGUUAGCGUCAGAGCACCAAAGUCAGAAGAAUUUAUCUUGGGCAAAUCUUGGGGAGAGGAAGCUGUUCUCCGGGAGCUUCUCAGAAAUCUAAACGAG